AUGGCCACUUACUUUCACACUGAGGAUUCGCAAAUCGAUUUGGUAUCAUCCGAUGAUAUGGAUUCUAGGACUGACGUCUUCAACACAGAUACAGCACCCACACAGACAAGACCUAGCACUUCCCCUGCAGAUGAUGAUACUGGAAAGCAGAAUAGAAUUGGACCUUCUGAAAAGGAAAAUCCAAAAAUUGCCAAUGGAAAACUAUCAAUGUCACCAGAUGAACUGUUGGACAUCAUUAAUACGAUGGUACGAAACUCAACGCCGAUUACUUAUAGUUCCAAUCUUAAUACCACUUCAACAAACGACAGAGAUGCUUUAGUGCAUGGCUCCCCUGUUUUGGCAACUGUCCCGAAUAAUGUUAACAUUGACCAUUACUAUAGCCUAACCCCAGACACUAUCCCUCCUUAUGUCAUUGAACGACUAAAGCAUUUCCCAGACUCCUACGAUCAUGGUGAUCCUUUCACUUCGACAUUCUUAACUCCAAAGAAUAAUAUUGACUGGGGGGACUUUUUACAGACUUUGAAGAUUCCAACAUCAAAUAUCCCGGUAAAAGUAAACAAAAUUCAAGAAAAAAGUAGCUUAAAUCCUCUCAAUAUACCUGUUGGAUACUGCCAUUCAAUCACCUCCUCUUGUAGUAGCACAACAUUUGAGAUGAGUAAACGCAGAAUGGCUGAACAGAUAUUUGAAGAAUACGAUUUAAACCAAAAAUGGGAAGGUCAUAAGAGGUUAAACGAACUCUAUGGUACAGUAGAGAAAAGAGGCGACAAAAAAAAAGACGACCUUAAUGAAGAGAAUAGUACUGGCCAAAGUUCCGAUGGGGGAAGUUCAAGCAGUAAUGACGAAAAGAUCAAUCGGAUCCAACCAAGGAAACUUCGGUACCUUGCACAAAGGGAAGAAGAAAUUAAAAACAGAGCUAGGUAUUGGAUUGCUGAGAAUAAAAAGAACUGGAAACCAAAACUUUUUGAAUCAGUGAAAACAAAUUCAUAUUUCCCAUUAUUUUUUAGGUUAAUUUCAUUAUCGUUAACUACUGUUGCAUUGGGGAUUUCUGCAAAACUUGUAGCGUUGGCACAAGAAUAUGAUGCUACGCAGCAACCAAGCCCUUUAAUGGCAUUAAUUGUUCAAGGUUGUGCAAUAGUUUAUCUUUUGUGUGUUACGUAUGAUGAAUUUACUUCUCAACCAUUAGGGCUCCGGAAUCCAAGAGCCAAAAUAAGGUUAAUUUUACUUGAUUUAUUUUUCAUCAUUUUCUCUUCUGCUAAUUUGUCCCUGUGCUUUGAAUCAAUCUUUGAUAGUCGAUGGGUUUGCGUUGUGGGAUUACCUGGAGAUCCAUUGUACAAUUCGUCGAUGUGCAAAAAGGUGAAAGCACUAACAGCAUUCAUCUUUGUCACUUUGGUUGUCUGGUGUAUCAACUUCACAAUCAGUGUUUUCAGAGUUGUCCACACAGUCACAUAUAUUGGAGAUAAGGCAUAG